UAUGCUUUAAUUUUUUUAGAAGACUGUGGGAUGUAUUUCCCAGAAGUGAAAAAUCAUCCAGACAAAUAUUUACAAAGAUGUCCCGAGUCUGUAAAAAAGUGGCUGAAACAACUGAAGAAUGCUGGGAAGAUUCUGCUGUUAAUUACCAGUUCUCACAGUGACUACUGCAGGCUUCUGUGUGAACAUGUUCUUGGGAGUGAUUUUGAAGAGUAUUUUGACGUUUUGAUCACAAAUGCUUUGAAACCUGGCUUCUUCUCCCAUACACCAAACCAAAGACCUUUCCGAACUCUUGAAAACGACGAGGAGCAGGAGGCUCUGCUGUCAGUGGACAAGCCUGGUUGGUAUUCCCAAGGUAAUGCUAUCCAGCUUUACGAUCUACUGAAGAAGAUGACUGGCAAGCUGGAUCCCAAGGUUGUUUAUUUUGGUGACAGUAUGCACUCAGAUAUUUUCCCAGCUCGUCACUAUAGCAACUGGGAAACUGUCUUCAUCUUAGAGGAGCUUCUAGGGGACAAAGGUACAGUGCCUGCAAAGGCUGAAUCUGAGCCCUUGGAGAAGAAAGGAAAAUAUGAGGGAGAUCAGCUCAAAGUUCCUUACUUUGUAUCUAAACAGUGGGGCUCUUUCUUCAUGGACAGAUUGCCAGGCCUGGAAAAUGCAGAGGAGACCUUAGUUCACACGUGGUCCUGUAAAUGUAUUAGCACUUACAGCACUAUUGCAAUCCCUAGUCUGGAAGCAAUAGCAGAUUUACCACUGGAUUAUAGAUUUACACGAUUUUCCUCAAAUAGUUCAGCAACUGCUGGGUACUACCCAAGCCCUCCAAGAGCACUGCUGCCAAAUGAGGACUCAGUGACGAUGAAAUAGGUUGUUGGCUUUUUCCUUAAAUAACCCUGUGGCCCUUACUUAAACUGCUACCAAAUGCUAAUUGGUGAAAAUGCUGUGUGAAAUGCUUCAUAAAAUAGAGUGAUGGAUUAAAGCAGA